GGUCCGCCAUGGCAAACUACCCAAAUCCGACACCAUCACCAACCCACCAUCACAUCACCGUCCCUGCGACCUCCGGAUCCUCGAAUCCGUCCCGCCUACCACCUCCCGUCCUUUUCUUACCGCGCCCCGGCUCCGCUCACCCAUCUGCCACCUCCCGCUCCGCCGUGACGCGGCGGAUCCCAGAAAAGAAAAGAAAUUCUCCGAUCCCCCACCACUUAGCUUUCGACGAGAGGAUCGACCGACCGGCGAGCGAAACCGCGCCACCAACCGGCGACCGCUCGGGCAGGCAAGCCGCGGCCUGCCUCGGUCUCUCCGGCCGACACCCCGCGUCACCCCCGUCGCAAUUCGGCGGCCAGACCCACGCAAAUUGCGUCCUUUUCUCGUCUUCUUCCUCCCGGUUAGUUUAUAACCUGCCUGCCCAUCCUUGGAACAACCGAACGAAUCAGACAGGUUAUGUAGUGGUGGCUUGCGCGGCUGGCCUUGGUUUUGCUUGCGGCGAGAAGCAAUGGGCGGAGCGGAGGACGGGGCGCACGCGGCGGGGGGCCACGCGUCGAACGGGCACGCCAAUGGGGCCGUGGAGGAGAAGGUGGACGAGCUGCGGCGGGUGAUGGGGAAGGCCGACGGGGACCCGCUCCGGAUCGUCGGCGUCGGGGCCGGGGCCUGGGGCAGCGUCUUCUGCGCGCUCCUGCAGGACGCCUACGGCCACCUCCGCGACAAGGUGCAGCUCCGCAUCUGGCGCCGCCCCGGCCGCGCCGUCGACCGCGCCACCGCCGAGCACCUCUUCAACGUCAUCAACGCGCGCGAGGACGUCCUGCGCCGCCUGAUCCGCCGAUGCGCCUACCUCAAGUACGUCGAGGGCCGCCUCGGGGACCGCACGCUCUACGCCGACGAGAUACUCAGGGACGGCUUCUGCCUCAACAUGAUCGACACCCCGCUCUGCCCGCUCAAGGUCGUCACCAACCUGCAGGAGGCCGUCUGGGACGCUGACAUUGUCAUCAACGGCCUGCCGUCCACGGAGACGAGGGUUGUGUUUGGGGAGAUUGGGAGGUACUGGAAGGAGAGGGUUAAUGCCCCAGUCAUCAUCUCGCUCACCAAAGGGAUAGAAGCAUCCCUGGAUCCGGUGCCGCGGAUCAUAACUCCCACACAGAUGAUUAGCAAAGCAACUAAGGUUCCAUUGGAUAAUAUUCUAUAUCUUGGUGGCCCUAACAUCGCGUCUGAAAUAUAUAAUAAAGAAUAUGCGAAUGCUCGUAUUUGUGGAACUGACAAAUGGAGGAAACCUCUUGCUAAAUUUUUGAGGCAGCCUCAUUUUAUUGUCUGGGAUAAUAGUGAUCUCAUCACUCAUGAAGUCAUGGGAGGUUUGAAAAAUGUGUACGCUAUUGGUGCUGGUAUGGUGGCAGCACUAACCAAUGAGAGUGCUACCAGCAAGUCUGUUUACUUUGCACUUUGCACAUCCGAAAUGAUCUACAUCACCCACCUUCUGGAAGAAGAACCCGAAAAACUUGCUGGACCUUUAUUAGCUGACACUUAUGUCACAUUGUUGAAAGGUCGUAAUGCAUGGUAUGGGCAUAAGUUAGCUAAAGGGGAACUGACUCUGGAAAUGGGUGAUAGCAUAAAAGGCAAAGGGACAAUCCAGGGCGUCUCUGCGGUCGAUGCAUUUUAUAAACUUCUCAGUCAGGAUAGUUUGAGUGUAAUGCAUCCAGAAGCCAACAAAUCUGUUGCGCCAGUUGAGAUGUGCCCCAUCUUGAAAACACUUCAUAAAAUUUUGAUCAAGAGGGAACUUCCUACUGAGUCGAUUCUUCAGGCUAUAAGAGAUGAGUCGAUGUGUGAUCCGCGUGAAAGAAUUGAGAUGGCACGGGGGCAGUCACUUUACCGACCAUCUAUUCUUGGUCAACCAAAUGGAGAUGUGAAAGCUUAGACAGAUUCUCCUAUCGUUUUCCUUCUUUCUAUUAGUCGCUAGACGCUUUCGAAGCCCUAUGUGCUCUUGUCCAUUCGGUGGCUGCUGCUUCUGCUGCUGUUGUUGUAACACUAGUAAGUUCAGUUAAAAACUUUAGUUGACUAUUUUGAGGAAGAUGUGUUGAGUGUGUUAGUAGCUUGAUGUGGUUCACACCAUCUUGUGUAUAUAGAACGAUUUAAUAAUGCUAUUAUUCUGUAUCCUAUUUGAAAUGGAAAAACAAUACAAUCACAUUUCAUGCUUCGAA